GGGCGGUGGGCGGGAGGCGGGUCCGAGGCGGGGCCUGAGCUCGGCCCCCGGCGCUCGCUGAGGCGCGCAUGGCCGCGUCGGGCUCCGGCCCCGGCUCCGGGGCGACCCCCGGGCUGGAGGCGGCGACCCUCCAGAAGCUGGCGCUGCGGCGGAAGAAGGUGCUGAGCGCCGAGGAGAUGGAGCUGUACGAGCUGGCGCAGGCGGCGGGUGCCGCCAUCGACCCCGAUGUGUUCAAGAUCCUGGUGGACCUGCUGAACCUGAACGUGGCCCCCCUCGCCGUCUACCAAAUGCUGAAGGCCAUGUGUGCCGGGCAGAGGCUGGCCAGCGAGCCCCAGGACCCCCUGCCCACAUCAGGCAUGCCGGAGACCCGAGAGGCCUCCUUUCCCUCUGCCAGGAACAGUAGCCCCCCGGCAAGGCCCUCCUUUUCCUCGGCUCUGCUCCUCGGCCCAGCUGCCACGCCCUCACCUCUCUCUCCAGGGCCCCCUGCUUCCCUGCGGUUCUCUUGCUGCCUGUUCUCUCCUUUCGCAGGCCAUUUGAUUAAGCUUGAUGAGGAGGCCGGGGAAGCACGGGGAUCGAAGGUCCGAGCCCAUGGCUGGAGUCGCCCCAAAAGUGGCAGCAGGGGAGUUCCCGAAGGGGACAGCCUCAAACUGUCCCGAGGGAGAAACAAGGGCAGCGCCACGGUCCUGGCAGAACGCAGCAGCCGUGAUGGAUCCAGCCAGAGGCUGCCCCGCCAGCCCAGUGCCAGCAGGCUGCCCAAGGGGGCUGCGCCUGCCAAGAGUCCAACUCGGAGCAACUCCUAGGACGGGAAUGGCGACAUGGCAGCAGCAAGCCAACCUGCACAGCUCUUCCACCCACCCUCCUGGCACAGCUACAGGCUGUUUGCUCCAGUUGAAAUUCUG